AUGACAACCCUACAAUUUACUAAACAAAUUCCUGUCUCCAAGUUGAGACAGUUCACAUACCCAAUAGAUUCCAACGAUGCCAAGUUAACUUACAGACAAAAGAUUGAAGGACAAUUGAAAUUGAAUACAGCUCAUUUGGAUUCCUUGGAUUAUCCAGGGUCUAAAGUCACUUUUGAUAUAAACCAAUCUCUCAUUGCUAAGCAAGAUCCGAAUAACAGGAUUUUUUAUUUUGAUAUUGAUAACUGUCUAUAUAAGAAAUCGACUCAUAUACAGGAUUAUAUGCAGUUGGCUAUUAUCAACUAUCUAAUCCAUGAAGUUGGUUUGAAUGAGAAACAUGCUAUGGAAAUAAACAGCUCAUAUUAUAAGAAGUACGGUCUUGUCAUUAAAGGUUUGGUUCAGUUACAUCAUGUGGAUGCCUUAGAAUAUAAUAGAAUGGUGGAUGAUUCUCUACCGUUGCAAGAUUUGUUGACUCAAGAUAUAAAGUUACGUAAUUUCCUGAUGCAGUUGAGAAGCACCUGUAAAUUUAACAAGUUUUGGUUAUUCACAAAUGCAUACAAGACUCAUGCAUUAAGAGUGAUCCGUAUUCUUGGUAUUGCUGAUCUGUUUGAUGGUAUUACUUACUGCGAUUAUUCCAAAGAUGAUGCCUCGCAAUUCAUUGCCAAACCUGAUCCACGAUUUUUCGAGAAGGCAAAAUUACAAAGUGGAUUAACAGAUUGGAACCAUGCUUGGUUUGCCGAUGAUUCUUGGAUCAAUUUAAACGAAGCCCUAAGACUGGGCAUUAAUCAUGUGGUCAAUGUAAACGAAUUAACCACUACGCCUCCCUUAAUAAAUACUUUGGUUCAAUUAAAUGACACAUUAGACGAUCAAAAAGAUGUGCUGGUCGAUACUAUCACUGUAGACUCUUCCAUGUCUUUAUCUUCAAUGCCAUAUUCUGAUGAAUCCACAACAACGGUGGAGGAUGUGCAGGAAUCUCACGAAUUACCGGAGAAUGCAUUUGUAGUCAAUGAUUUGACACAAUUGAAAGAAGUGGUUCCCGAAUUGUUUAAUUAA